CUGAUAUAUGAUAGCUUUGCCCAUUAUCUGGUAACAGAGAAGGGUUAUGAUGAAGACUUGCUGACUCUAGCUCCAGACAGCUUAGACUUCUGUUGCAAAGGCUUGGUGUUGGAUAUUGAAGAAGGAAGCUUCGUGAAACUUGCAGAAGAUGGAACAGUUUUAAGGGCAAGCCAUGGUACGAAGAGCUUGACAUCCGAAGAGAUCCUGGAGACCUACGGAAGGAGGGAGUGGAAGCAUUUUAAUACAGUCAGUGGAAUGGUUUCCCGCUCAGCUAAAUACUAUUUGUAUGAUAAUUAUUUUGACCUGCCAGGAGCUCUCUUGUGUGCAAGGGUUGUGGACAGCUUAGAUCAGCAUGAUGGUCCAAAAAAAUAUGACUUCUGGAAAGACAUGGUGGCUGCUAUCCAACAUAAUUAUAAAAUAUCAGCAUUUAAAGCUCUUCGUUUUAAACCAGCAUUUGAUAAAGAGAAUAAUUUUUAA